AUGGCCUCAGCUAGAGUAGUCAAUAGUACAGCUGGACAGGCAGUGUUAAGAGGUGAUGGAAUACGUGUUUUUGGACUUGAUGCUGAACUUGAGCUGAAGGCUCAAUCAAAGCGUGAUCCAAACUUUGAACGUGAACUUGCUACAUGGAUCGAACAGGCCACUGGUAUGAAGCUGCAGUACCCCAACGACUUGAUCGAGUCGCUGCGCAGCGGCAUCGUCCUGUGCACCCUGAUCAACGUGCUCAUCCCCGACACGAUCAAGAAGAUCAACACCAAGCCCAUCCCCCUGAUGGAGGUCGAGAACAUCGGACUCUACCUCAAGGCGUGCUGGAAGGUGGGCGUGCCGUCGUCCGACUUGUUCGUCACGUCCGACCUCUACCAGCGCAAGGGGGUGCCGGCCGUGCUGCAGAACCUCGCGUCCAUCGGACGUGCGGCACACACGUGUCCGGCGUACAAGGGUCCAAGCUUUGGCGCCAAGCCAUCUGCAUUGCCACCUGCCAAGAAGUGGGAUGAGAUCAAGUUCAAUGCACCAAUCCUCAUCACUGAUCUCGAGGAGCGAGAGAACAUCACACCACGCGAGACCAACUUCUGUAUCUCAUGUGGCACCAAGAAGAUGUGCUUCAAGUGUGACCAUGUCCAUCCUCCAGCUCCAGUACCAGUGGCCGCAGCAAAGAACGAUGAUGUUGUCAACAAACAGUUGCAGAGGGACAAGGAUGACUUGAGCAGUAGGAUUGAGAAGCUGUCCAACAUGUUGAAGGAUCAGGAGGAGAAGGUGUCGUCACUCAAUGGCAAGAUGGAUCAGCAGAGACGCCAACAUGAACAGAAGGAGCGUGAGCUCAGCGCACUGGUCGAGAACCAGAAGAUACAGAUCGAGCAGAAGCAGCGACAGAUACUCACGAUUGAGGCACAAAAGUCAGUCUCCACCAACAACACGCCGAUAACGCUGCCAACAAUCCCAAAAUCACCUGUUGCCACAUCCACACCUGCACCAUCGGCCACCGCCGCUUCAGCUGCAUCGGCACCCACUGGAAUAUGCUCCAAAUGCAAUUUCCAAUCGUCAAAGACAUCAAAGUACUGCACCAAGUGUGGACAUGAGUUGGCCAAGCAGGUACAAACAUUUGUGCCCGCACCAGUCAAGACGGCAACACUCACAACUCCUCCGACAAUCACCCCCGCCAACACAAAUGGCGGCUCCGUACCAGCAUCAUGGACAGCGGCCACAAUCACUCAACAACAACUAGAGUCAAUCAGUCAGUAUCGCACUGUUGUAAAGGACAAGGAGGAGCUGUCCAACAAGAUCCUGUCCAUGCUUGCAAGCAUCAAGCAACAGGACGAUACAAUCAACAAACUUCAAAAGGCGAUGGCCGACGAGCGAAAGGAGCAUGACCAGAGGGUGAAGGAGCAGCGUGCUCAGCUGGACUCCCUUCAGCGCCAGUUGGAGCAGAAGGAGAAGGACAUCAAUCACCUCAAGUCGGUGACAACGCCGCCUCGCUCGGCCUCGCCACCCAACGUUUCAUCAUUUGGCGCCAAGCCCCCCGCUGUCGCAGGCAACCUCACUGCCGGCGACAAGAGGUUCACUGUUCAAAUGAACAGUGGCUUCCGCUCCAACCAGAUUGGACCUGGCUCAUACACACGCGACAGAGCAGACUCGUUGGGUAAUGGCACGCCGGUGCCAUCAAAGGUCGAGACCACCGUGUGGCCACCAGUGACCCUGGGCGCGAACAGGAAUGACCCAUCGGGAAGCAACAGAGCAGAGGUCGAGCGACUACAAAAGAUGGUGGAGAGACUCGAGAAGAGCCUACAGGAGGAGUCGGCCCGCUCCAAGGUCAAAGGACUCAACAAUAAGGCUGCUGGAGGAGAAGACCUGCUCGACAACCGUCUGGUCGAGGAGACACAUCGCUGCGUGCACAGCAUCCUGUUCUCGCGACCAAUCGAGUUCCAGGAGGUGCAGUCGCUCAACGCCAUCUUCAAGACCGAGCCCGGCCGUCGUAGAUUCUCACAGAUCCUGCAGAGCACGCUGAAGCAGGUGCCCAACAUCGUCCUGAGUGAGAGCUCAUUCGAGUUCCUGCUCUACCUUAUUAGCACGACGCUGCAGGAGAUGGACCUGAGCACCGAGCACGACAUCAUCACGGCCAAGGUGAUCAUGCACGCGUCCAGCUCACUGUACCGCGUCAACAAUGGCAACCAACAGGAGUACAUCAAGGACUUUAUCCGCAGCUCGCCCGUGUGGCGCACAGUGCGCUUCUGGGAGGACUACUUCUGGGACCAGUUGGCCAAGCGCCACAGAAAGCGCUUCGAUCAGAACUUUGACGGCGUGGACAAGGAGAUCGUUUCGAACCUGCUCAGCUUCUUUGGCGUCAACAUGGUGCACUUCUCAGUGCCACACGAGGAGAUCAAGAGUUUCCUCGUGGACAUGGCGCAGUCCAACGGAUUGUCCUCGUCAGAGGUCAACGUCGUGUUGGACAUACUCAAGACACAGACCAAUGAUGUGAACAACAUCACCACGCCCAAGAGUCCUCGAAGUCCAGAGGCGUAUGUCCUAUCGCCCGGCAACAAGAAGGAGAAGAAGUCCAGGUCGUUCUUGAGGAAAUAA